GACUAAGUGGUUCCAUUUGCAGCAACCCAAGUGGGCCAAAGCUUUGACACAAUCUGCCUUGAGUGAAACUUCGCCUCCCCUGUUCAUCGGAGCUUGCGCUCUGAUUUACGAAUGUCAACCCACUGAUUUUCUUCUUCGACUCGUUUGAACUCACCGAUCUUCCGUUCCGCUCUCUCCUCACCAUGAAGAACGCUUCCGUCAAAGGCCUUGAAGUUUUCGAUUUCACCGAAGAAGACGAGCUUCCCGAAUUGAUCUCCGAGAAGCGUCUGAGCAAAUUCAAAAACCCUAAUCUCGACACUAACGCUGUUUUGAAGUAUGAAUUUCUGGAAUGUGAUAAAUUAACUGUGGCCAAUGGGUUUGUUGUUGAAGGGAAGGAGAUUAAAAAUCCACAUAUGGAUGUUGAUUUGGGCAAAUGUAAUCGUGGUUGUGACAAUGGUAUUUCACAUAUUCCCUCGGGCACAACUAAAGAGCAAUUUAUCAUGGAAGAAGGGAAAUAUCAAUUGGAUGCCAAUACAGAAUCAGAAUUGAAUAGCCAUUCGCAAGAUCUGUUUGUGCAAGUAGAUGGUCAUGUGACAGGAAGCCUUGGCUCUGAACUUGACAAAAUUGGAUCUAGCUCUCAAAGUCCUAUCCUGGGGUUAAAUUGCACCCUUCCUGAGUUUAAUGCUGAAAGGGAGCCAAUUGAUGCACUCUCAGAUCCUAAUGGAAGCAUGAAUGGGAAUUCUUCAAUGAGCCCUCCUUCAGAAACUGUAGAGGAUGGUGUUUUGUUGAACGGGAAGUAUUUAGAUAAUUGCUCAUCCGACAAUGAAAUGGAUGAUCUUAACAAGGAGGUUGUCCUAUAUCCCGAUUAUAUUGUAUAUGGAGAUUUUUACUGUGCCAGUCCCUCGUUAACCUUUUCACCUAAUGCCAUCAAAAUUAAUGGUUUUGCUGAUUAUGGAAGCAAUGAAUUCCUUAACCUUGAAUGGAGAGUAGACGAUCUCAUUGAUAUUGAGUGUCAGUGCUUUCAAAGAGUUGAAUAUGUGAUGAUCAAGCUCCAUGUUAUAUCAAAGGAUGCUGGUCAAUGUGAUAAUUCGUGUGACACUUCUGGCAUUAAGGAAGUAAAGAUUGUUCUUGUUGAUUCUUACUGGUCUGAGAAACAACAAAAAAUCAGAUCUUUGGAUUCCAGAUACAUGGCUAUUUGGAAUAUGUCUCUCGAUGCGGGCAUAGGAACUGAUGAUGAUGAUUUAGGUGGACAAAGACAUUAUUUUCCCAACUUUGAUGAGCCUUUUGAAGAAGUUGUCUAUCCCAAAGGAGAUCCAGAUGCCGUUUCCAUCAGUAAAAGGGAUGUUGACUUGUUACAACCAGAGACAUUUGUCAAUGACACAAUCAUUGACUUUUACAUCCAGUAUUUGAAGAGCCAGAUAGAUCCUCAGGAUAAGCAUAGAUUUCACUUCUUCAAUAGCUUUUUCUUUAGGAAGCUGGCAGACCUUGAUAAAGAUCCAUCUAGUGCUUCAGAUGGCAGAGCUGCUUUUCUACGCGUUCGGAAAUGGACACGGAAAGUGGAUUUAUUUGAAAAGGAUUAUAUCUUCAUUCCUAUAAACUUCAACCUUCAUUGGAGCUUAAUGGUCAUAUGCCAUCUUGGUGAAGUGGCUAGAUAUAGCGAUGAAGACCUGACGAAGUCAAUGAAAGUACCGUGUAUAUUGCAUAUGGAUUCUAUUAAAGGAAGUCACGCAGGUCUUAAAAAUCUCAUCCAAAGUUAUUUGCUGGAAGAAUGGAAAGAGAGAAACAAGGAGACACCUGAAGAUAUUUCAACAAAAUUUAAGAACCUUCGGUUUCUCCCACUCGAGCUUCCGCAGCAGGAAAAUUCAUUUGAUUGCGGAUUAUUUUUGCUCCACUAUCUAGAACUUUUUCUGGCAGAAGCACCUCUUAGUUUCAGCCCGUUCAAAAUCUUCAAGCUUUCAAAAUUUCUUAAUGUGGAUUGGUUCCCACCUGCUGAGGCUUACCUCAAGCGAACUUUAAUACAGAGAUUAAUUUUUGAAAUCCUCGAAAACCGGUCUCGAGAAAUGUCCACAGCUGCAUGUAGUGAUGAACUUUUAUCUAAAUUUCCAUCCAAUAAUGAGGAUGAAACUGGCGUGGAGCUUCUUCUGGAAAGAGGAAGCCCAGCAGUGGCAUGCAAUCACAAUUUGUCAAGCUCACAAGCUGUCGAUGGGAUUGAAAUUACUCUAUUAUCUGAAUCUUCGAGUAGACCCAACCACUUUAUUGACGGUUCUGGCUUGGUUGUCAGAGAAUUAUUUGAACCAGGUGCCUCUAAUGGGUCAUUACUUGGAGACUAUCAAUCUUUUGCCCAGACAUCAUCGUAUUUUGAUACAAAUGCUACUGUGCUGGAGGAUGACGCAGAUGCAGAAACUGGAGACCGUUUCAUGUUCUUGCCUCCGGUACAGGACGGUUUGCAGCCAAUUGAUGCAAUGGCAUCUCAAGCUUGUCGAUUUCCAUGUUCAUCGAUUGGCCUUGAAUCCAAGGCUUCUUUUGACUUGUGCAUGUCUAUUCAACCAGAACGUGGUCGGGGCAUUGCCUCGUCCUCGGCAGAGGACUUGGAAGAUGUGGGAAUCAUCGAAAGUUGCGAUGUUAGGGAAGCAAGUCCUGGUAACAAGGAAGAUAGGAACAGGAAAAGACCUCUAUCGCAUGAGCAGGAGAAUCUAGAACCUGUAACAGAACGCCCUACUUCUGCUGCUACCACGGUGCAAGAUGUCGAUACCAUCGUCAUCUCUCAAGAUACUAACAUGGGAAGUAACGAUUCCGAACCCCUGUGUGAAGACGACACUCUCGUUGCAUCACCAUGUCUAGAUGAAGCAACCAAAACAGAUGUCGAACACGAUGAUUUGCCAGUGGUUGUUUCAAUUACAGAGGUGAACUUAGACGAGGAACCCCCUGCCAAGAAACCAAGGCAUUCACCAUACCCCGAAGAAACGAGUAACGGUGUCGGAGAAGGUUUGUCGGAUGGUGCAGACAUAUAGAUGAAAGGUCGGUCUCUUCUUUCCUCUAUAUUUGUAAAUGAUCAUGUCAUUAGUGUUUGGCUUGCCAUGCUGUUAAUAGUGUUAUGGCUCCAUAUCAACUUAAUUAAUACCGAUAGAAAAUUCAUUUGGGUUACGUUGAUGUAGCCAUGUUCUUGUUAGUUAUAUCAAGGAUUAGUUUUAAUUCCU